AUGGCUCCCAAGAAGCGGCGUCAAAUGAGCAAUGCCAAGUUGGAGACUAAGAAGUCCAAAGUCGGCGAAGAGCUGAUGCAGAUCGUUGCGGAGGAUGAAGGCAUCCGUCAGCGGCGCCUCAUUGACGAGAUAGUUGCCGAGCUGCAGAGUCAACCUGCCAAGCUGCAGGCGUGCCACAUCGCCGUGAUGUCCGACAUGUUUCUCUCCGGCGGAGGCCAGGCACGUGCAGAGCUAGAUCGUUUUCACUCCGGCAUCAAAUUCGUCAACAAGCUGCCCAAGUCUUUCAGACUGCCUUGGCUGCGCGAACUGUCAGAGAUGUUCUUGCCGACAAGUGCAUGGACUGUCUUCGGGAAGAAGGACAGCAAAGUUCAUCUUCAGUUGCUGUGCUACGCAUGCGAAAUCGAAGUGAACGACAGAAUCGGGUACCACGACAAGGUGAAGUGGAAGGAGCUCAUGGAGGAUCGCUACCGUGAGUGUGGUUCCAAACUGAGUUCGCUUCAGGUGGACGAGGUUGGCAAGAUUGAUUGGGAGGCAUCCGGUACGUACAAACUCAGCCCAGCGAUUCCAGAUGACAAUGCCGAUCCUGCCCAGCAUCGUUUCUCUCAUGUGGCUUGUGGUCAAGACGAGGUGGCUUUGCCGCGUUCUCUCGUCGUGGAUGGGACGUGGGAGAUUUGGGACAACUGGAGUGUGAAGGACGCCACCCUCGUGAACCCGCAAGAAGGAUGCAUGAAGCUGUCCAUGGUCAAAUUCUUCAGUGCUCACGAGAAGUUCCAGAAAAGGCUCUCGAAGUCUUUCUUGGACGUAGAUGAUGACUUGGAAGAGCCGACUCCUACGAAGUCUUCUUCCGCCGCGUUCACUCCUUCUCCAAGCCCGACGAAGACUCCGCCAAGCAACGCAGCAGUUCCCGAGCUUCGAGGUGCAAAUGCCGAGAAACGACCUCCACCGACUUUGCCGCCUCAGAAGUCUGAGCUGCUUAAGGCCGCCGCUGCACGAUUUUCUCAGGCUCCGAAGCAGUCAUAG